GAGGGAUGAUAGAGAUCUCCAAUAGAAGAACAUCUCCUCGGAAGCGCGUACGUAAUACAGGAGUUGGUCGAAAAAGUCGUAACCAUGCCUGGAAUAUUGUUAGGAGACGUUUUUCCAAACUUUGAAGCCGAUACAACAAUUGGCAAGAUCAAAUUCCACGACUUUUUGGGAGACUCCUGGGGCGUCCUGUUCUCCCAUCCUCGUGACUACACCCCUGUGUGCACCACCGAGCUGGGCCAAGCCGCCAAACUCAGCGACGAGUUCAAGGAGCGCGAUGUCAAAAUGAUCGCGCUGUCUGUCGACAGCGUGGAGGAUCACCGCGGCUGGACCAAGGACAUUAUGGCCUACAAUCAGGAGGAUCCCGGCUGUCCUUUCCCUUUCCCCAUCAUUGCAGAUGACAAGAGGGAGCUGGCGGUGAAGCUGGGCAUGCUGGACCCAGAUGAGCGGGACAAAGACGGCGUGCCGCUCACUGCCCGUUGUGUGUUUGUGAUUGGCCCAGACAAGAAGAUGAAGCUGUCCAUUCUGUACCCCGCCACGACAGGACGCAACUUCAACGAGCUGCUCCGGGUCAUUGACUCCCUGCAGCUGACUGCAAAGAACAGAGUGGCCACCCCUGUCGAUUGGAAGCCUGGUGAUCGAGUCAUGGUCCUGCCUAAUGUUCCUGAAGCUGAGGCUUCAACUCUUUUCCCUGCUGGAGUUUACACCAAGGAACUACCCUCUGGGAAGAAGUACUUGCGCUACACACCCCAGCCAUGAAGGAAAGCAGUCUCCAAGUCUCCUGUGAUCAUUGAAGAGUGAAAAAACAACAAGACAGGCCUGGGUCAAA